AUGGAGUUGUAUGACAAAGAGGAGAAGCAGCAGAAAGACUCAGACCUCUGAGUCUGCUCCACUUGACACCUGCACUUUGAAACCUCAAACAUGGCCGGCAGAUACAACUACUUAUGUGAAAAAAAAGAAAUGAUUUUGAGGAUGGUGAUGGUGGGGAAGACAGGAAAUGGGAAGAGUGCCACUGGAAACACCAUUCUGGGACAAAACUGCUUUGAAUCAAAGUUCAGUUCAAAGUCUAUGACUGUGGACUGCUCUAUUGGUGAAGGUACAGUAGAUGGACAAAAGGUUGCCGUUAUCGACACCCCGGGCCUCUUUGACACCAGGUUUGGCAUGGACAAGACAGCUAAAGAUAUCACCCAGUGCAUCUCUUAUGCUCUCCCUGGACCCCAUGUGUUCCUGGUGGUCAUCAGACUGGGAAGAUACACUGAAGAGGAGAAGCAGACGGUGCAAAGGAUUCAAGAAAUCUUUGGCCAGGCAGCGGACAGCUACAGCAUGGUUCUCUUUACUGGAGGGGAUCAACUUGACGAAGACCAAACCAUUGAGGACUUCAUGAAUGAUGACCAAGACCUGCUGGAGCUCGUGGACAGAUGUAACAGCCAGUACCAUGUCUUCAAUAAUAAGAAAAAAGAUCCCUCUCAGGUCACUGAGCUGCUCCAGAAGAUUAUAAAUAUAGUCCAGAUGAAUGGAGGAAGCCACUACACCAACGAGAUGUUCCAACAGGCUGAGAGGGCAAUCGAGGAGGAGAAACAACGCAUCCUGAAAGAGAAAGAAGAGCAAAAAAGAAGAGAGAAAGAGAAACUGGAGAAGGAACUUCAGGAUGAAUACGAGAGAGAGAUGAGGGAAAGAAAUAAGAUUCUCAGGGCUGAGAGAGAGAGGGAACGGCAAGAGAGAGAAAGGGAAAGAAAGUUGGAGCAGCAGAUUAGGGAGAGGGAGAGGAUGGUGGAAAUGGCAGAAAUGGAAGCUGAGAGGAAGAGAGAGCAAGAGGAACAAGAGAGGGAGAUAGAAAAUAUGAGAAUGGUCCUCCAGCAACAACAGGAAAAAGCACUGGAAGAGGAAAGAGCGAGGUUGAGAAGGCAAUCACAGCAACGAGAUGAAGAGUGUAUAAUUCUCUGAUAAGGUUAUUUGUGUAAGUAUUUUAUGCAAACAGUAGGAUAAAUGGGAAGAUAGAGAUGCACCCAUUGCAAUUUCUUCAGACAAUGCGUAUUUCAGCUUUUUUCAAGGUCUGACCCGCUGAUACCAAUUUUCCGAUUUUGUUUCUUUAAGAAAUGAUAUUUGAUAGUGGAAUGUUUUUUUUUUAAACUGAAAAUCAAUUGUUAAAAAUAAA